CGGGGCGGCCGCCGCGGGCUGGGCUGCGCCUGUCAGCGCGGCGGCGGGAUGGCGGCGCUCUACGCCUGCACCAAGUGCCACCAGCGCUUCCCCUUCGAGGCGCUCAGCCAGGGCCAGCAGCUCUGCAAGGAGUGCCGGAUCGCACAUCCCAUUGUUAAAUGCACUUACUGCAGGACUGAAUUCCAACAGGAAAGCAAAACCAACACGAUAUGCAAGAAGUGUGCUCAGAAUGUGAAGCUCUAUGGAACACCAAAACCCUGCCAGUACUGCAACAUAAUAGCAGCAUUUAUUGGAAACAAGUGUCAGCGUUGCACAAACUCUGAAAAGAAGUAUGGACCUCCGCACUCCUGUGAACAGUGCAAGCAGCAGUGCGCGUUUGACCGGAAGGAUGAUAGGAAGAAGGUGGAUGGAAAGCUGCUAUGCUGGUUAUGUACACUGUCCUAUAAACGGGUCCUACAGAAGACCAAAGAGCAGUGCAAACACCUGAGCAGCUCUUCCCGGGCAAGCCUGCAAGAGAAGGAACAAUACAGCAGGCUCAGCAGUGGCAGCCAUUACAACAGCCAGAAAACCUUAUCCACCUCUUCUAUUCAGAAUGAAAUCCCAAAGAAGAAACCCAAGUUUGAUGCCAUCUCUGCCAAUGGUGACAGCGUUCCUUCCUCUCCCGAGAUGCUUUGUCCCCCUAUCCAGAGUGCCCCGUCCACGCUGGCGCAGUGGGCUGCUUCCCAACAGAGUCUCGGUGCCCACCAUUGUCCUGUUUCUCAAGGCACUGACAUCCUGAAUUUUUCUCCAGACCUCGCCCUGGACUCUCCUGGCACUGACCACUUUGUUAUCAUUGCCCAGCUGAAGGAGGAAGUGGCUACUUUAAAGAAGAUGCUGCACCAGAAAGAUCAGAUGAUUUUGGAGAAGGAGAAGAAGAUCACAGAGCUGAAAGCUGACCUGCAGUACCAGGAGUCGCAGAUGAGGGCGAAGAUGAACCAAAUGGAGAAGACGCACAAGGAGGUCAUGGAGCAGUUACAGGCCAAGAACAGAGAACUCCUGAAGCAAGCAGCUGCCCUAUCCAAGGGCAAAAAGCCUGAGAAGUCGGGAGCAAUAACCUCCCCUUAAAAACAAAACCAAACCCCCAAUCUGGGAGCUUUCCCCAGCAUUAGCCAAGGAGUCUAGGAGGCCUGCCUGAUCGCUGGAAGCCAAAACCUCACUUUUGUCACUAUCCCAUUGCUGUGGACUCGAUGGAAACGCCUGGUGUGUGUUGCCUUUCGACAGCAUGCUUGAGUGUGUCUGGUUUCAAUAUCUUGAAUACCGUUCUGUACUAUGGUGAUCCAUGGGGAGAGGUCCCAGCCAUCCUAAAUCCCCCCGAGUUUCUGGAAGAAGUGUUUUUCUAACCAGUUACUACCACUGCCAGCCCUUUAUAUAGCAAACAGGAACUUGCUGCAUUAGAGACUUCUUGCUGGUUUCAAACCUGCUGCUCUGAGGCAAUAGCCGUGGCCAGUUGUUACGCAGAUAAGGCGGGAGCCGUGCAUGGUGGGAGCUUUAUUUUUUGAACUGCUCCCUCUUCAAAAGGAAGCCGAUAAUCACCAGCCCAACAGAUGUUACCAGAAGGUUGUGUCACUGCUGAGAACGGUUGAUCCAUCUUUUUGAAGAUGCUUCCAAAAUGGGGGCUAUAUAUUUAUCUUGGAGGAUUUUUGUUUUGUUUUGUUUUUUCUCUCUGUCAGCUUGGCAACCCUGACUGCCUGGUUUGUGUUUUUUGUUUUGUUAUGAUAGCUUUUGGUUUGGGAGGCAGAGCGUAAUGAUACAGACCCACCUGGGACCCCCUGGUGCCCUGGUUACUUAGUGGCCUUUGGGCUUCGGUGACUUUUGCAGCUUGGUGUGAUUGAGCUUCUCUUGCUCCCCUUUCUUCCCGUGAGGCUGAAGGAGAGUUCAAGGCUUGGAUAUUUGCUCUGCUCCCUGCAGUCCCUGGAUCCAGUUCACUCUCUUCUCCCCCUUUCCCUGCCCCGUCGCUCCCUUCCAGAUGCAGAAGUAGGGGCCAGGUUGGCUCCAGGAAAGUGCUUACUCAGGCAGUGACCCAAGCCAGGAAGUGUUUCUUGGGGCUCUCCAGAGACGUUUCUCUCUGCUGAUUAAAAGCCAGCAGAACAAAAGGGCUAUGAAAGUUCUCCGUAGCAAAGAUGUGCUUCUCGGAAACGGCGCGAGCGCCGGGGCGAGGACACCGCAAGCAGCGCCAGGAAGGCGCUGGGAGGUGUGCUCCCCGAGCUCUGUCUGCACUGCAUCUCUUGGGGAAAGCAAAAGCACUUGGCCAUUAGGGGGGAAAGCACAGAACAGCUCUUGAGCUGGCGAGAACACUCCUCGGUAUCCCAGCACCGAGCUCUAUUCAGGGUGUGAAGAGACAUCUCAGGGUUUGGAGACCUUCGGGGCAGAGGAGUAAAGGAUGAACACUUAGUCUAGAGUGGCACUGAAGGUCUGUGGUGAAGAGGAGAAACUGCCCUCUUGAGACAGGGCCGGCUGCUCUGUCAGGGUUUUUAUUAAGCUUUUAACUAGAGAUUGUGAUUUUUUUUUUCCUUUUUUAUGUUACUAAAGAUGACUUUACUCAAAGGCACUUUUUUGAUGAUGUUGGCUUCCAGCAUGGAAGGAGCACGCUGCAGCAUCAGACACUCUGCCACGUUUUUUUUGUUGUUGUUGUUGUUGUUUUUUUUUUAAGAGACUUCUGACAUGAAAAGGAAAAAAAAAUGUUACACUUUGCCAGAGUGUGACAGCAGGAAAAUACUCACCUAAUUUUAUACUUCACAUGUUUUUAGAAAAUGAGGUGCAUUGAUGGGAUUUUUUUUAAAUGGGCGCUUUGCUUUUUUGCUUCCCUCAAGAUACAGAAAUAGAGGGAGAAAGGCCCUGUAUAUACUAUUAUGUUUUUUUAAUUGUGACAAAUUGAUCAUGCAGUUGAGUAGCUGAUGAUUUGUAGUAAUAACAUUGUUUCUUUGUAUGUUUGUAAUAAUGGAGAUUUUAAAGGGAUGCUUUGAUUUGUACAAAACUCUGACAAAUGUAAAAGUGUUUAAAAAAUCCGCA